AUGUCGUACGACCAGCUUGUGAAGAGUUUGACACCUGAAAAGGUGUUACAAACGUGGCCUGAAAUCACACCCUUGAAGAAGAUUUCAGGGGUCCCCACAUCGGCCAGUUCCGACUCGUCCAACGGCUCAGAUGCGGUUUUUGCCGGCCAUGACGAAGAACAAAUUCGUCUUAUGGACGAGUUAUGCAUUGUUCUAGACUACGACGACACUCCUUUGGGUGCUGGAACUAAGAAACUAUGCCAUUUAAUGGAUAAUAUCAACCAAGGUCUUCUCCACAGAGCAUUUUCGGUUUUUUUGUUUAACGAAGAAGGGAAACUUUUGUUGCAACAACGUGCAGACGAGAAAAUUACUUUCCCUGCUAUGUGGACAAACACAUGCUGCUCUCAUCCGUUAUGUGUGGCGGGAGAAUUGGGCAUUUCUGCCGGCGGAGACUGCAAAACUUUGGACAACGCUGUAGCUGGAGCCAAGAUAGCAGCCCAGCGUAAACUCGAGCACGAAUUGGGGAUUCCAGCCGAGGAUGCACCUAUUGAAGAUUUCCAAUUUUUGACGAGAAUUCAUUACAAAUCAGCCAGUGGAGAUGAGAAGUCUAAAUGGGGAGAACAUGAAAUCGACUACAUUUUAAUCUUGAAAACCAAAAAUCCCAAAAUCGAAGCCAACUACAACGAGGUCAAGGACUACAAGUACGUAAGUGCCGAGGAAUUGCACGAAAUGUUCAACGACGAAUCGUUAGUAUUCACUCCAUGGUUCAAGCUUAUCUGCAGUACACUUCUUUUUACGUGGUGGAAAAAUCUUGACAAUUUGGAUUCAUUUAAGGACGAUCACAUCCACAGAAUGUUAUACGACUGA